AUGGCGGACGGAGGACAUUACUACAAUGAGCAUGAUGAUCGAACUGCACCAUUUCGCAACCGCAAAGGCAGAGGGUCUCACAAGGGACGCUUUGACAGAUCACGUAGAGAUCGGCAUCGUGGCGGCCAGUUAGGAGGCUUCGGUGGACCUGGACCAAGGUCUAGGCUUGAUGACCUAGAUGGAGAUGUAACCAUGAGCGAUGGAGGCUCACAAGAUAUUGGUGGUCAGAACAGAUUCACUCCAUACGGAAGAUCAAGUCGGAAAGGUGAAGGAAGGAUAGAGCGAGACAGGCGACCAAUCAAAGGAGGUCGUGGUGGUUUCAGAGGAGGAGAACGUGGUGGGGGCAGUGGACUUGGAGCAAGGACUCGGACUGGCUGGUUUAAAGUAACUAUACCACAUGGAAGGAAAUAUGACAAAAAAUGGUUACUGACAGCACUUCAAAAUAUUUGUACUGUACCCUACACACCGGUGCAGUAUCAUGUGGAACACCACAAAGCACAUUUUUAUAUAGAUGAUACAAAUGCUGCAAAUGCCUUGCAUAAAUGUUCUCACAAGAUCACAGACACAGAUGGUUAUAAGGUGGAAGUACACGUAAAUGGCAGCAAUCCUCCAUCCUUCCUCUCAUCUGAUUUAAAGCCUGAGCACUUGGAACAUCUUAAGCAAUGCAUGGCAAAACGCUUUGAUGGCUCACAGCAAGCUCUGGACUUGAAUAACAUUCGAACAGAUCCAGACUUAGUGUCUCAGAAUGUUGAAGUUAUAUUAAACAGAAAAACAAGUAUGGAGGCAGUCAUUAAGAUUAUAGAAGGAAACAUUCCAGAGCUGACAAGCCUAAAUCUAAGCAACAACCGCAUUCACAAGUUGGAUGAAUUGACAGAACUGGUUACAAAAGUACCAAACCUAAAGAUUCUUAAUCUCUCUCACAAUGAACUUAAAACCGAUAGAGAGCUGGACAAAGUGAAAGGCUGGAAGCUUGUGGAACUUUGGCUGAACAGAAAUCCUCUGUGUGAUUACUUCAAGGACCAGGCCUCAUAUAUUAGUGCUGUGCGGCAGAGAUUUCCCAGACUUUUGAAACUCGAUGGACAUGACCUGCCCCCGCCCAUUGGUUUUGAUGUGGAAACGCCAACCACCAUACCCCAAUGCAAGGGCAGUUGUUUCGGUUCUGAUGAAAUAAAAGCACUCAUUCUCCGAUUCCUACAACAAUAUUAUAGUAUCUACGACUCAUCAGACAGACAACCACUUCUGGACGCCUACCACGAUGGAGCAUCAUUCUCCCUUACAACACCAUUCUCAACGCAAAAUCCUUCUAGGAGCAGUCUCGGUGAAUAUCAUAAAGACAGUCGUAAUCUGAAGAAAGUGAAGGAUUCUACGAUGCGGUUUCGGCUGCUGAAGCACACCCGACUCAACGUUGUGGCAUUUCUCAAUGAGCUACCUAAAACUCAACAUGAUAUUGCUUCUUUCAACGUUGACGUAAAUACCUACACAAAUACGUUAUUAUCUUUCACUGUGAGCGGAGUCUUUAAAGAAGUUGUUGUUGAUGGGAAAUCACGAGAGUCUACCAUGGCCUUCUCUCGAGUUUUAAUUACUGUCCCAGCAGGGAAUUCUGGUUUGUGCAUCGUCAAUGAUCACCUUUUUGUCAGAAUGGCAACGACAGAAGAAAUACGCAAGGCAUUUGUUGCUCCUGCCCCAACUCCGUCUUCAAGUCCUGUUCCAACUCUCACCGCUCCGCAGCAGGAGAUGUUAACUGCCUUUUCUCUGAUGUCUUGCAUGAACCUGGAAUGGUCUCAAAAGUGCCUCCAGGACAAUGAGUGGGAUUUCAACAGAGCUGCUCAAAUCUUUACUCAACUGAGGAGUGAUGGCAAAAUCCCAGAUAGGGCUGUAUCGCACUCGUUCUCCGCCAGCUCUUCUCCCCCUCUCCCCGCUGUGUCUGGGCCCAUGUCUCGCUGGCUUUUCCCCUGGUCGGGCUCCAUCAAGAAGCGGGCCUGUCGAUACCUUUUACAACACUACCUCGGGCACUUUCUGCAGGAGAGACUGAGCCUCGAUCAACUGGGUCUGGACUUGUUUAACGGCAGCGGUGUCAUCAAGGAAAUUCACCUCGAUGUGUGGGCGGUCAAUGAGCUGUUGGAGUCAGUGGGGGCACCUCUGGAGAUAGUUGAUGGCUUUGUGAGCAGUAUAACGGUAACCAUACCAUGGCAAGCUCUGCUCACUGAUCACUGCACGUUGGAAAUCUCUGGUCUGCAGAUAACAUGUCGGCCCAAGUACAGAACAAGUGGAGGGUGGGACUCGCAGGGUUGGUCAUCAAGCAUGACGUCCAGCAUGCAGUUGGCCCAGGAGUGUCUUAAGGAUCCUCCUGAGACAUUGGAAGAACCGGCCGCUCCUUUAGAAGGGCUUGAAAUGUUUGCACAAACUAUUGAGACGGUUUUACGUCGCAUUAAAGUCACUUUUAUAGACACUAUUGUUCGUAUUGAACACCAACCCCUGGAUCUGGAAACGGGUGUGGCCUUAGAAGUGAAGAUUAAACGGCUGGAGUACUUUGAUGAAGCAGUGCGGGACCCUGCUUGUCAAACAACUGUGCCAGUCGACAUCCACCAGCCCCCUGCUGUCCUGCACAAGAUCCUGCAGCUCAGUGCAGUUCAGUUAUUUUAUGACAGCACUGGGUUCAUACAGGAUCAAACUGAUCAGACUAAUGCAGCCACAGAGGCACAGAAAGAGGACAAUUAUAAUGGGGAUGAGGAGAGUCCUGUCUCUCAGCCUCUUCUCAUUGGAAGCUGCUCUGGAUUUAUUGAAACCAUUGUGAAGAUCAAACAGAAUGACAUGCUUCCAGGACCAAAGCUGGAGUUGGAGGGGAAGGUGGGCUGUGUUCACUUGCUGCUGUCUCCUGAUCAAAUAACCCACCUCACUGACCUGCUAGCAGCCCUUUGCAUAAGCACAGAGCUUGACAAUAAAGUAGGUGGUGUGCUCUGUCGCCCAAUGGACUCUGAUGAUCUGCGUAUGAUUGAGGAAGACCUCAGUAAACAACUUGGCUCCAGCCCAAGAGAUGAAGAUUGGGAAGAUGAGGCCGAGCUUGAACCUUAUGUGACUGGGCUGGAAAAUGGAGAAAUGUUUUACUCAAUGGGUCCUGCAGGGAUGAGUAAUAGUGUUACAUCUGUUCGCUCUGGAAGUGAAAUGUCAGACAGUGAUAUGGAGUCUUCUUCUCAUAGUUAUUCUAGUCUCUCACAGCCCACAGUAUUAACUGCACAGGGAAUGGUGAAUUGUCCAAGACGAUAUCCAGUAGCUGGCUGUUUGUCAAGUCUUCCACAAGCCACCACAAGGCUGAGAGGACGAUCCCGCAGCAGCCCGACGGAGCAUAUGAAGCCUGAUGCUCUGCUGCGUCUGACGCUGGGUGGACUCACACUCACUCUUCUUGAAGAGGACCCCUCCACCAGCAGCCAGGGGCCCGCGGCAUUAGCCCUGAUGUCGCAGGUCUUCUUCAAAGAGCUGGCCUCCUUUAAGGACAGCAUGUUUAGUGAAAGAGACUUCCACCAUCUAAGGGUUAGCUUUGCUAAAGCCUGUCCACAUUCCCACCUCAGGUUAACUGGAGCGGCAGUGCAGGUUUCUUGUGAAAUGCGGAGUGGCAGGCGCUGCAGCCGGGCUGUGACUUCUGACCUCUCCUUCAGCAGACUGGAGCUGCUGGAGUGCCUUUGGCAGGAGGACCAGCCACAAUACAGUGAGCUGAUUCAGUUUCAGAAAGCUGGUUUAUUCACGGUGGGGUCUACAGCCAGGCCGUGUGCUCAGCUGCACUACAGCCUCAGUGAAAAGCAACAGAGGAAGGGGAAACAGCGGGUUUUGAGAAGAGAGAGUGUUGUACGAAUUGAAUUGGCAGAGCUGACCACUGAGCUGGACCUGGACAUCCUGAGUCGUUUACAUAACCUGAGCACAGCGUUCAGCCACUGCCCAUCUCACAGUUCAGGCUCCGGACAAACACAGACCCAGAGCAGUGAGCUGUAUUCCUCCUUUUCGCUCCUCUCUCCUCACGCCGUCCUCAGAUUGCGCUUUCCUAUACCAGACCUGCGGCCUCUUUCAAAGCGCAGACCUCCUACUCAAAGGGCAGUUCGUCAAGAGACUUUGGUUCUGGAACUGUCUGAACUCGAAGUCAAACACCAAGGAGCUCCCGACCUGCAGGAGCAGACUGUCCCAGGCCAGCCCUGGACCCCCAGCCUCACGCAGCUGCUCGAGGCUUCAUUUACAGACCUUCAUGGUUCAUACGAGGGCUGGGAAGGAGGAUCUUUUCCAUGUAUCAGAAUACAGAAGAUUAGGGACUCUGUUCCCAAGAUCUCGGUGCGUGUGCAUGGAGGUGAGAACGAUGACCCGACAACAGGAAUAGGAGGCCACAGCAGAGACCAACGAGCCGCCUUCUUUGAAAGCCAUUGUGAACUUCAGGAUAAAACCAGCUCUCCUUUCUCUUCUAAUCGGACAAUGUUUGAAACGGAGGAGAUGGUGAUUCCUGCUGAUGCAGAAGAGAUGAGACAGUUUCAAGCCCAGUGUGUGGCUCAUUGUCAGUGUGCUGUGGACUUCAGCUUGCCUUUGGUUUACAUCCUGUUACCCAGCAAGCAGGCCUUUCAGAGUAUCUACAACAGAAUCAAUAACGAUCUUCUGAUGUGGGAAUCGCCACCCCCUCCUUCAGACAAGAAACCUGAUCAUAGCCAUAGAUAUGAUGAGUUUCAUCUCUGCAAAUCCGCUUUCAGACUGGACUCUGACUCGGAGGAGGAGGAGCCUUCUUACCACUCAGCCAAUGAACGCUCUGGUAAAGCUCAGACAGCCGCUCGUCCUGGUCAUACCCUCAGCCUCUUGUCCUUGACCGUGGUCAUUGACAAAGGUCGCCUUCAGGCUCGGACUGAUGAGAAGGAAGAACAGGGUCAAGGAGAGUUUGUGUUGGACCUUGAAGAAGGGAAGAUCUUCAGUGUGGCACAAUAUCAGAAUGAUCCUAACCUAAACUACCUAUGUGUGGAAAGCAGAAAAGUUGAGCUCUACCAUCAAGCUGUUGUUAAAGACCUCUUAGUGCCUCCACGCCUGGACAUCUCACAGUUUCAUCCUCCAAAACACCUCAACCAGACCAUUUAUCCGACAGAAGUUGGUGUAAGCAGUGUCAGUGGCAGAGAAGCCGAUACAAUGAUGUUGUCCACUGCUAUUAAAAUCACACUUGACCAACAAAAGAAUGUUAAGGAAUUUCUUGUUGCUCUUCGACUGCAAGGAGCCACCAUGAGACAUUACAUGACACAUAUAGAUCAAAGCUGGCAUGAACAGCUUGUUGACUUUUUUGAUGUUAUUGAUGAUCCUAUUCUGGGAUACACUUCUCCCGCUGUCAUCACUGUUCUCCAUACGCAGCUUGCUUCAUGUGCUGUUGACUACCGACCACUGUAUUUACCACUGCGAGUGCUGCUCACAGCAGAGUCCUUUUCUCUGUCCAGUAAUAUCAUAGUUGACACGGCAACAUUUCACCUCAGAUUUAUUCUUGAUGAUUCUGCCCUCUACCUCUCUGACAAAUGUGAGACCAACACGGUGGACUUGAGAAAAGAUUACGUGUGUAUUCUGGACAUCGACUUGUUGGAGCUCGCCAUAACCACAUGGAAAGGAAACUCUACCGGUAAAUUGACCCAGCCACUGUUUGAGCUGCGUUGUUCUAAUAACGUGGUCCACCUUCACACCUGCGCUGACUCCUGUGCUGCUGUGGUCAACCUGCUGCAGUAUCUAGUGUCUCAGGGCGACUUGCACCCUCCUCCGCGUCACGCCUCCCCCACAGAGAUUGCUGGCCAGAAAUUACCACUGCCGGAAAGUCCUGCGUCUGUGGUGGUUUGUCAUCCAGCUGAGACUGCAGAGAUUAACCAGUGUGACCUGACAGACGCCUUAAUCGACACAGAGAAGAGCCACGCAGAAGAAAGUUUGGACGCUGGCCCAGGUGCUGUCCCGCGAGGCUCCCCUGUCUCUGUGUACCUGUUUCCCGGUGAGGCAUCUAAGCAAAGUCCCACCGGUCUCCCAGCCGAAGAGUCUGAGCUGGAUGAAUUGGUUUCUACGGCGACAGAAGCUCAGCCGGACAUGACUAUGUCUGAUGAAGCUUCAGACGGCUCCACGGACAAUGACGACUUCUGCAUUUUGGAAGCUCCAGGAAUGGGAAUUCUUCCCAGAGAUGGGGAGCCGGUGGUCACAGUUCUGGCCCAGGGUCCCAUUCGACUGAAAGAGAGUCAUUUCUCCAGACCCAGAGGCAGCUCCGACCUGCUUCGCGCUCCCAGCCGCUUCCCCGUGCCCAAGAACAGAAUGGUGCUGCGCGAGAUUUCUGUGGUCUGGCAUAUUUACGGAGGAAAGGAUUUCGGAGGCAAAUCCGGACCUAUACAAACUCCAAAUGUUUACAGGGCUCGUUCAGUUCCUGCCGGUGUUAGAGGAUCUCCGUCUCGCACUGUGGGAUCUUCUCGUCCCCAAAAUUCCUGGCGUGGAGCUGGAGGCAGUGGGCGCCAACACUCGAUGCUUAUGGAGAUCCAACUCACCAAGGUUUCGUUCCAACAUGAAACCUACUUGGAGGGAGACGCAGCAGGAGCAAUGGGGCUGAGCGGAGAGCAGCCACUGUCCCGACAAGUGUUCAUAGUCCAGGAGCUGGAAGUGCGCGACCGCCUGGCCUCCUCGCAGAUAAACAAAUUCCUCUACCUCUACACCAGCGAGAGCAUGCCACGACGAGCCCACUCCAACAUGCUGACGGUGAAGGCUCUGCAGGUGUGUCCAGAGUCUGGCCUUGGUGGUCCGGAAUGCUGUCUCAGGGUCAGCUUGUUGCCUUUAAGAUUAAACAUCGACCAGGACGCACUCUUUUUCCUGAAGGAUUUUUUUAGUAAUUUAGCGUCCUCCGUUAACCCGUAUCUUCCCAUGGACCCAGCCACUGAAGUAAAAGCUGACUCCACACAGAAGGAGGAGGUCGACACUGGCCUGGGGCUCGAUCUGUCGGCGUCAGUGGAAACUACCUUCAGUGAAAGAAGCACCUCUUCUGCAGGCUCCACCUCCUCCACUGAACAGCCCAUCUAUUUCCGGGAGUUUCGUUUCACCUCUGAAGUGCCUAUUUGGUUGGAUUAUCACGGCAAACACGUUGUCAUUGAGCAGGGAACGUUUGCAGGCAUUUUGAUUGGCCUGGCACAGUUAAAUUGCUCAGAGCUAAAGUUGAAGAGGCUCUGUUGUAGACAUGGUCUUCUUGGUGUUGACAAAGUGAUCCAGUAUGCCGUCACUGAAUGGCUGGCAGAUAUUCGGAAGAAUCAGUUGCCGGGGAUUUUGGGAGGUGUGGGGCCGAUGCAUUCUGUUGUACAGCUUUUUCACGGAGUGCGCGACUUGUUCUGGUUACCUAUAGAGCAAUAUAGAAAAGAUGGACGCAUUAUUCGAGGUCUCCAGAGGGGGGCAGCUUCUUUCGGCACCUCUACUGCCUCGGCUGCUCUGGAACUGAGCAACAGGCUGGUCCAGGCCAUACAGGCCACUGCAGAGACGGUGUACGACAUCCUCUCUCCGACCCCUCCUCUGAAUCGCCUCGCCAUUACUGAAGGACGGGCCACAUCCAACCGGUCACGACGAACAGCGCAGCCGGCUGAUCUGAGGGAAGGAGUGGCUAAGGCUUAUGACACCGUCCGAGAGGGAGUGAUUGACACAGCGCAGACUCUGUGCGAUGUGGCCUCUCGCGGACACGAACAGAAGGGUCUCCCCGGUGCUGUGGGCGGGGUUCUGCGGCAGAUCCCACCCACUGUGGUCAGACCUUUGAUAGUGGCGUCCGAGGCCACCUCCAAUCUUCUCGGCGGCAUGAGGAACCAGAUCAAGCCAGACGCCCGAAAGGAGGACUUUCUUAAAUGGAGAACAGAGGACAGCCAAGACUGA